UUUCGCUGUGUUUAUUGUAACUGUAACCUUUCCACGGUUCUUUCUUUUGCUAUCUUUCUUGGUUCGUUUUCUAUAUCUUUAUUCUUGUAUUGUAUAAUCUGAUUUUGGUUAUAAGAGUGAUUUUAUUUCGUGAAUUUUCGACAUAGCGCCCACUGGGAAAAUGUUCAAAUUCUUCUGGGGUAAAGGUUCACAUCAAUCUGCUGAAAGAUUGAAAAUACAGAAAGAACUUUUUCAAUUUCAAAAGACAGCACAACAUGGUUUUCCAAGUAAGCCUACUUCUUUAGCAUGGGAUCCUGUAUUACGGCUACUAUGUGUUGCUACAAGAACAGGUGCCAUAAAAAUUUUUGGAGCUCCUGGGGUGGAAUUUUAUGGACAGCUACCAAAGGAUAAAAUUAUUUGCAGCUUACAUUUUGUCCCUGGCCGUGGACGGGUUAUUGCAGUUUGUGAAGAUAAUUCACUUCAACUUUGGGAAAUAUCUACUGAUGGUAGUCCUUCUCUAAAAUGCAUCCACACUCAGUCAUUGGAGGGAAAGCUCAAAAAGAUAUCUGCAUGUUGUGUAGAAUCAAAUGGAGAAAAUUUAUUAAUUGGAACAGAAAAUGGGAAUAUCUAUAUCAUGGAUUUGCUUCAACAACAAAUGACUGAGUCUGUUAUUUAUCUUGACGUUGUAAUGCAGAAGUUUUUGGUUUCAUAUUUUAACAGUGUUACAGAAGAUUUCAAGGUGAACCCAGGAGCUGUUGAAUGUGUUAUUGAGCAGCCUAACAGUCCAGAUCAUAUUCUUAUUGGUUAUACACGGGGAUUACUUGUAUUAUGGAAUCGCAAAACACUUUGUGCCGACCAAACCUUUGUUGCUUCUCAACAAUUGGAAGGUGCAAGCUGGCACCCCAAUGGUCAAAAAUUUGUUUCAGCUCAUAAUGAUGGUUCUUACAUGACAUGGGUCCUUGAACAAGGAGAAACUGAGAUGCUAGUAAAGAAAGAGCCUAGUAUUACAUCACCCUAUGGCCCUGCUGGAUGCAAGGCUAUUACAAAAAUCUUCUGGAAGGAUACAGAUUUGGAGGAGUCUGGAAUCUUUGUCUUUAGUGGUGGAAUGCCACGCGCUAGCUACGGCGAUCGUUAUACUGUGUCAGUCGUGAAAGGAGAAAAGAACCAUGUUACCUAUGACUUUACUUCUAAAGUGGUGGAUUUCUGUGUGAUCAAUGAAGCAACUACCGGCCAGGCAGAAGCUCUUGUAGUGUUAGCUGAAGAAGAGUUAAUCGUGAUUGACUUGAUCAGUCCUGGUUGGCCGUCAUUCUCGUUGCCUUAUUUGGCCUCUCUGCAUUGCAGUGCAGUGACAGCCCAAACUGUGGUUACAGUAACACCAGAAUUGUACGCUAAAAUCAAAUCAAACCCACAGGGGAUGACGUCGUCUUCGAAGUUAAGUACCCGGAAGUGGCCAAUAAAUGGAGGAGUAUCGGUCAACGAACAAAUUGAUUUAACUUCUCAACGAAUAUUACUUCUUACCGGACACGAGGAUGGCUCUGUUCGUUUUUGGGAUGCUAGCACUGCCUCACUCUGUCAAAUCUCUAAAUUUUCGACUUCGUCCUGUUUCGCAAGUGACGAUUUAGAUUGUACCCUUGAAAAUGAUCCGGAUGAAAUAGAUGAAGAGGAGUGGCCCCCUUUUCGAAAGAUUGGAGUAUUCGAUCCAUACUCUGAUGACCCUCGAUUAGCUGUAAAGAAAUUGUGCCUAUGUCCUGUUACCGGAACGCUAACAGUUGCAGGGACUGCUGGUCAAGUUAUUGUUGCCGCGCUGUGUGACAGUCAAAGCGAAAAAGAAGUUCCGGUUACACUCGUUAACAUCGUUUCGGAUCGAGACAAUUUUGUGUGGAAAGGACACGAUAAAUUAAUAGCACGGAAAGGGUUACAAUUGUUUAAGGUUGGCUUUCAGCCGACGUCCAUUCUUCAACUUCAUCCUCCUGCAGCAGUUACAGCGUUAGCGUUAAAUGCAGAAUGGUCCGUCUUAGCUGUUGGAACUGCUCAUGGACUAACUCUUUAUGACAUAUUUCUUAAAAAAGAGGUGGUUGCAAAAUGCACCCUUAAUCCGAAUGAUGUUUCCGGAACUGGCGAUCAACCAAUGUCACGACGGAAGUCUUUCAAAAAGUCCUUAAGAGAGUCUUUUAGGCGACUGCGCAAAGGACGUAGCCAGCGUCCUACAGCUGGCCCAAAGGGUGCUCCUACAUCACCUUUUCCAAAACUGGAAGAUAAUUCUGUAAACAAUGCGGGACCAUCGGUAGCUGCUGAAGUACGUCCCGUUGAGAGACAGAUUGAGGCAAGAAAUGUUGUACUAGAUGAUGGAAUGGGCAGCAUGGUACGCUGUUUGCUUCUGGCCAAAACCUUCGUAAUCAGUCAGGCUUCCAAUGCAACUGCAACUCUCUGGGCUGGAACAAACAGUGGGGCUAUCUACGUUUUUACAAUCAGCGUACACACCGGAAAUAGACGAGAAGUGGAGCCAGUCUAUGCACAACUUGCGAAAGAAAUUCAGCUGAAACAUCGAGCACCUGUGGUCUCGAUUAACAUAAUAGAUGCGUCCUUUGCCGCUGUAAGUGAAUCAUUCGAAUAUGCAGGAGCAAAAUCUGUUUUGGAAUCCUCUCCUCCACAUCGCGUGGUGAUUUCAUCUGAGGAACAAUUUAAAGUUUUUACGCUUCCAAAUUUGCGACCAUAUGGAAAGUACAAGUUAACGGCCUACACCGGAUGUAAGGUUAGGCGCGUUGCCGUUAUUCCCUUUACUGCUCGAUCUGAUUCGUCUUACGAAGAAAAUUGCCUGGUAUGCCUUUCCAAUCAAGGGGAUUUCCAUAUUUUAAGCCUUCCGGAUCUUCGUCGGCAAAUGAACGCUCAGGCCAUAAGAAAAGAGGAUAUACAUGCCACGAGCACCGUUGUCCUCACCCAUCAAGGAGAAGCAUUUUAUAUGUUGUCUUCCAGUGAAUUACAACGAGUUGCAUUGAGCGCUCGUAACUCCCUUCAGUUAAAAUGUCAAGUGAUUGGAAUGACGACAAACACGGACUCUACGGAAUCAAGCUCUCAUUCAGUGAAUAGAAAUAGUGCAUCUAGGGAAGAAAAACUAGAAGUUAUCGGAUCAGAAUUGUCGGACAUUUCAGUUGUUUCGAAUACGAGUAACCCAAAUGAAGAUCGAGAGAAUGAUAAAAAUAACUCCAACAGCGAAACGAACAAUUCAACUAUCGUAAGUGUUGAACCGGAAACAAGCUUUGGGGACAUGACGGUGGAUUCUGUAAAAGACCAUAUUAUUCUCAAUUUGGAAGAGUGUAGAAUCACGGAACGUACAACCGAAACUCGCAUUGCGGAAUUUAAAACAGAAAUAUCCAUUGUGAAAUCUGAGGAAGUUUCUACUAUCUCUAGCGCAAUCUCAAUAGAAAAAUCACAUUCCAUCUGUCCACUGUCACCAGUUAGUUCAGUUCAAGUGGGCUCCCAGUUUGAGAAAAAAAAGGAUUUGCAAGAUCAUUACGCUUCUGCUUCAAAUGAAAAAUCCGAUAUGCUAUGCGCGGAGGGUGUCUCAACAGUUCCAGUCGAGGAUAAUUUGGCAGCCGAAACCGAAGCAGCAAAUUGAAAAGUGAAUAAUUUCAGCUUUGUAGGCUAGUGUGUAUGCCAAGCUGGGUACUACUGUUAAAAGCUUGCUGAUACGUUAAUGAGAAUCAAGUUUGCGGGAAAGGGGCAGCUAAUUGUUUGUCAAUAUUCGAUGGUGUCGGUUUUACUGCAUUCCAGUACCUUCUUUUAGAAUAAUAUUAUAGUACCAAGGAUGAUUUCUCAAGCAUUCCAGCUGCAACUAAUUAUUAUAUUCGACUAAUCCUAGCAAAUGAAACAACAAUCGUUUCCACCGCUAGACUUAGUUGUUUAACUAUCUGGCUUUAUGUCUUCAAAAUUGCUCUGUACCCGCAUGGAACUUAUUUUUACUAGUUCUAUGUACUCAUAUUAAAUGGUGACAUAUUGGAAGGGAGAACCAAUGUGGUCUCCAAUUACAAGAUUCGGCGUUUGUGUAAGACUUGUUUAAUCGACUGCCUUUGAUCGGUUUGCCUUUUCAUGAAAUUAACGGGAGUUUUCUCUCAACCGCCAUUUUGUGUAUCUCCGAAAAUUCAUAUGGAAUCUGGUUAACUAAUACAAUCCUUUUAUGGAAGCA